CAUCUCUCUUUCCCUACCACACCAAUAAUAAUAUCAUCACCCACCAAAUCAAGAUUCAUUCCACUCUCUCUCUAAGAUUGAGUUGUCUGGUUUUGAUAAAAAAAAAAAAAAGAAGAAGAAAGAAAUGGAAACAAUAAUCUCCACCUUUACCAAUGGUUAUUAUCAUCAUCAUCAUCAUCAUGAAGUUGAUAUUGAUCAAAAGAUGAAGAUUUGUUCAUCUUCUUCUCCAAGAUUCAACUUGAGAUAUCUAUCCAAGGUUAUUCUUCCUCCACUUGGUUCUACAAAUGAUUCUGAUCAAAUUCAAACUCAAUCUCCACCAGGAAGUUCAAUCAUCUAUCCAAUGGACUCCAAAUACAGAUGUUGGGAGACAUUAAUGGUGUUUUUGGUGUUCUACAUAGCAUGGGUAUACCCUUUUGAAGUUGCAUUUCUCAAGUCAUCUCCUAAAAAGGCUUUGUUUAUAGCUGAUAAUAUCAUUAAUCUCUUUUUCGUUGUCGAUAUUGUCCUCACGUUUUUUGUUGCCUAUUUUGAUCCGAAUACACAACUUCUUGUUCGCGACAGAAGGAAAAUCGCGUUGAGGUACUUGUCAACAUGGUUUUUGAUGGACAUUGCAUCGUCAAUCCCAUUUGAAGCAAUAGCUUACUUGGUCACUAACAAACACCAAGCCGGGCUUUCGUAUUCUCUUUUAGGUAUGCUUAGAUUUUGGCGUAUUCGUCGCGUCAAGCAAUUCUUCACCCGGUUAGAAAAGGAUAUCAGAUUCAGUUACUUUUGGAUUAGAUGUGGCCGACUACUUUCUGUAACUUUAUUUCUAGUUCAUUGUGCUGGUUGCCUGUAUUACAUGCUAGCAGACAGAUACCCACACAAAGGGAAGACAUGGAUCGGUUCUGCAUUUCCCAAUUUCGAAGAGACUGGUCUCUGGAUCCGAUACAUCUCCGCCAUUUAUUGGUCCAUAACCACCAUGACCACCGUCGGUUACGGCGACUUACACGCCGUCAACGCCGCCGAGAUGAUCUUCAUCAUCUUCUACAUGCUCUUCAAUCUCGGCCUCACAGCUUACAUUAUCGGUAACAUGACAAAUCUCGUCGUCGAAGGCACUCGUCGCACCAUGGAAUUCAGGAACAGUAUUGAGGCUGCAUCGAGUUUCGUAUGUAGAAACAGGUUGCCUCCGCGGCUGAAGGAGCAGAUAUUGGCAUACAUGUGUUUGAGGUUCAAGGCAGAGAGUUUGAACCAACAACAACUAAUUGAGCAGUUACCAAAGUCCAUUUGCAAAAACAUUCGGCAGCAUCUCUUCCUCCCAACAGUCGAGAAAGUUUACCUAUUCAAGGAUGUCUCACGAGAAAUCAUCCUUCUCCUGGUUGCGGAUAUGAAAGCGGAAUACAUUCCACCAAGAGAGGAUGUGGUAAUGCAAAAUGAAGCUCCUGAAGAUGUUUAUAUUAUUGUGUCGGGUGAAAUAGAAAUGAUAGAAUCUGAUCAGACGGAGAAAGAGAUAGUUGUUGGGACUUUUCAUUCAGGUGACAUAUUUGGGGAAGUUGGAGCUUUAUGCUGUAAACCUGUCUGCUUUACUUACAGAACCAAGACUCUUACUCAGCUCCUCAAGUUGAAAACUAGUGCUCUUAUUGAGGCAAUGCAGACCAGGCAAGAAGAUAAUGUCACUAUCUUCAAAAACUUCCUCCAGUUUCAUAAGAAGCUCAAGGAUUUAAACAUUGGAGAUAUUUGGCUUGAUGGUAUGGGGGAAGAAGAUUGUGAUCUUAACUUGUCUAUCAACUUGUUGACUGUUGCCAGCACGGGUAAUUCUGCUUUUCUUGAUGAGCUCCUUAAAGCCAAGUUAGAUCCUGACAUUGGAGACCCCAUGGGAAGAACUGCACUGCAUAUAGCAGCAUCUAAAGGGCAUGAAGAGUGUGUGGUUGUGCUUCUUAAACAUGGCUGCAACAUUCUCUUGAAAGAUCUAGAGGGUAACACAGCAUUAUGGGAUGCAAUAAAGUCAAAACACCAUUCCAUAUUCGGCAUGCUUUACCAUUGUGCAGCCAUAUCCGAUCCAUACACAGCAGGCGAUCUCUUAUGCACAGCUGCAAAGAGAAACGAUCUAACAGUCAUGAAAGAGCUGUUAAAACACGGUCUCCACGUGGACUCGAAAGGACACAAAGGUCUAACUCCAGUCCAGGUUGCUAUAGAAGAGAACCAUGCUGAAAUGGUGAAACUCCUUGUUUCGAAUGGGGCUGAAAUUGGAGAUGCAAGACAACAGUCUACAAUGAACUGGGAUGCAAUAUUGCAAGAACGAGAAGUUGGUGAGCAUCGGAUUUCGAUGUCGGAUAAUUCACAAUAUGAGUUUCUGAAGAGGAACAACGAUCGGGACAGGUUGUUUUCUCUGAGAGUUAGUAUUUACAGAGGACAUCCUGUUGAAAGGAAAGAGUCUUGUUGCAGUGAACCUGGAAGGCUUAUUAUCUUGCCAAGUUCAUUACAUGACCUCAAACGAAUUGCAGACGAUCAAGGAGCAGAAAUUGAUAGCAUUGAAGUGAUAAGAGAUAAUGACCGACUUUUCAUUGUUGAUAAAACUGCUUCUUCUUUUUAACCGUGCAAUUAGUAAUAAAACAACAUAGGAAUUACCUUAAAUAGCAUGGCAUGGUAAAUCAUAAGAAAUAAAAACUUGUGUUAUGAAGAGAAAAUUAAUGACAGAAAUUUAUCUCACAUAACAUCAUAAGCAGUUAAGAAGUUUUUCCUUGGCUUCUUUAAUUGUAUGCAACCCUUGUAGUGCUAUAUAAUGGACAAGUUUUGUGUUGCAU